AUGGCGCAGGAAUCGAAUGAGAAGGAUGAAGGUCAGGAUAUCGCAGGAAGGCCUGGGUACAAGAAGCUGGCGACUGGCAUUAUACUUGGUCCUGAUGGCAAGCCAUGCCGAGCCUGCAACGACCUAACCUCCCUCAUGGCCAUGUCAGGCAAAAUGCCCAAAAAGCGCACACCAGCCGCCGCUCCUCCCACAACCGCACCCUCCCUCCCCGCCGACUGCCCACCCGACGUCGAAGCCCUCGGCCGCUCCUCAUGGACCCUCCUCCACUCCAUAACCGGUGCAUACCCCACGAACCCGUCUCCACAACUUCAAUCAGAAACCAAAUCCUUCCUCACCACAUUCGGCAAACUAUACCCAUGCUGGGUGUGCGCCGAAGACUUCCAGAAGUGGAUGCAGAAGAACACACCGAGAGUCAGUUCGAGGAGUGAAUUUGGAGAGUGGAUGUGCGAGGCGCAUAAUGCUGUGAAUGAGAAGCUGGGGAAAGAGCAGUUUGAUUGUAAGAAGUGGGAGGAGAGGUGGAGGACGGGGUGGAAGGAUGGGAGGUGUGAUUUCUAG